AUGUCCACCGCCCACCGACCCACCUUCGCCGCAGCCAAAGGUCGAGAAUCCAAAUUCCACAACUCGCAGCGACGUUCCCACUUCUCCCUCCCACAACAUACAAAGCUCAAGUUCCGCCAACCUGCCCAAUCUGCCUCUGCAUCCUCGUCCUCAUCUAUUGCACCUGAUUCUUCGUCGAAUGUUUCCGUUGCGCCUUCCAUUGCAGGUCCGAGUGUGACCAAGAGGAGAGAUCUGAAGCGGGAGUUGGAGGUAGCCGAGUGGGAAGCGAAGAACAAACGAAGAGCUAAGCAAGGUCUUGAGCCUUUGCCGCUGCCUGCAUCUCGAGCGGAUGAAGGGGUAGAAGAGGACGAUGAGGACGGAAAGAGAAGAAGAGAAGCGAUUGCAAAGGCGAUCGAAUUGGAUCGUGAUUCAAACGACGACGACGACGACGACGAGUCUGUCUCUUCCGAUAAUCCAUCCGAAGCAAAACCACCCAAUGACGAUGCUUCGGCCUCCUCAUCAUCCGAGUCCGAUUCCGAAUCUGGAUCAGACUCAGGUUCCGAAGACGAACAAACCCAACUUCUCCUCGAACUCGAAAAAAUCAAAGCAGAACGUCUAGCCGAAAAAACCCGUCUCGCCCACCUCAACGCUGCCACGGAAACCCUCUCCCGACAAGACGAGAUCGCCCGUGGAAAUCCCCUCCUCAACCUGCAAAAUGCCUUCCAAAGAGACACACCACAGCCCUUGGCGACAGAGGAUUCUCCCAACUUCGCAGUGUCAAAGAGAUGGGACCACGACGUCAUUUUCAAAAACCAAGCUAGCGCUGCUGGAAAUACGGGUAGACAGGAUGGCAAAGGUGGAUUCGUAAAUGAUCUGACCAGGUCCGAGUUUCAUAGGAAGUUUAUGCAUCGGUAUAUCAAGUAG